GUGUGGCCAAGAACAGAGCCUUGACUCACGUGGGAGAAGACAAAUGGGUUGGAUUGGAAGGAAGCCGAAGGUGGAUAUGCUUCGGGUGUUCGGGUGCAUGUGCAUGACACUUGUGCCUAAGAAACUUCGGCACAACAAGCUUGAUGCAAAGGCAACAUGGGCCAUGCACCUGGGCAUGGCUCAAAACAGCAAGGGAUGGCUUCUUUGGGACCCAUUUACCAAGAAGUUCUUGGUGAGCAGAGAUUGCAAGUUCAUGGAGAACUUACCGUACAAGGAGUGGAAGGCGGAGAAUCAAGCGAAGAUUGGUGUGCGGCUUGGAGAGGUGAAGAGUACCGGCUUGGAGCAUGUGGAGCUGCCCUUGGAGCUGAGUAGCAGCAGCACAAUCACGAGGCAAUCUCCUCAAAUGAAUGGGGAUGAGGAGGAGGAGGAGGUGCAGCAAGAUGAUGAGCGUGCACCGUCACUUCCGCCUCGUGCUACAAGUGCUCAUGGGAACCGACCAGAUUUACCGCAACGCCAUGAGAGCAUUCAAGCGAUCUCUUCCAAGUGGCUCUUCAAGCGCAAGACCGACGCCGACGGCAACAUCGAGCACUACAAGAGCAGACUUGUAGCCAAGGGGUAUCAGCAGCAAGAGAAGAAGGACUAUAAUGAAGUGUAUGCCCCUGUGGUGAAGGGUACAACCCUUUGAACCCUCUUCGCUGCGGCGGCCAUCAAAGGAUGGGUGGUGAAGCAAAUGGAUAUAGUAACAGCCUUCCUCAACGACGUUUUGGAGGAAGAGACCUUUAUGGAGCAGCCAGAGGGGUACAAUGAUGGGAGUGGCA